UUCCGCUUCCCGUGGCAUCCCGCGCGGAGCGGGCGCUCUAGCGGUGGCACCGCUUUGUCGUUGGUGCCGAAGGCCAUCGAGUAGCGAUCGCGGCUGUACACCUCCCGCAGCCCUCGCCUUCCGUGGCUGUUCACCUGCCCCGCUCCCGCCAUGUCGUGCAACUACGUAGUGACGGCACAGAAGCCCACGGCCGUCAAUAGCUGCGUCACCGGGCAUUUCACCUCCUCGGAGGACCUGAACUUGUUGAUUGCCAAGAACACCCGCUUGGAGAUCUAUGCGGUCACCGCCGAAGGGCUGCGGCCCGUCAAGGAGGUGGGCAUGUAUGGCAAGAUCGCGGUCAUGGAGCUCUUCCGGCCCAAGGGGGAGAGCAAGGAUUUACUUUUUAUUCUGACUGCAAAAUAUAAUGCCUGCAUCCUUGAAUACAAACAAAGUGGAGAAAGCAUUGAUAUUAUCACCCGAGCCCAUGGCAAUGUGCAGGAUCGUAUUGGUCGUCCCUCAGAAACUGGUAUAAUUGGCAUAAUUGACCCAGAGUGCCGAAUGAUUGGACUAAGACUCUAUGAUGGCCUCUUCAAAGUGAUUCCUCUGGAACGGGAAAAUAAGGAAUUAAAGGCAUUUAAUAUCCGACUGGAGGAGCUACAGGUCAUUGAUGUCAAGUUCCUGUACGGGUGCCAGGCCCCAACCAUCUGUUUUGUUUACCAGGAUCCGCAGGGCCGGCAUGUCAAGACAUAUGAAGUGUCUUUACGUGAGAAGGAGUUUAACAAAGGACCCUGGAAACAGGAGAAUGUUGAGGCUGAAGCCUCUAUGGUGAUUGCAGUGCCUGAGCCAUUUGGAGGGGCUAUCAUUAUUGGACAAGAAUCCAUCACCUACCACAAUGGUGAUAAAUACCUGGCUAUAGCUCCGCCUAUCAUCAAGCAAAGUACGAUUGUGUGUCACAAUCGUGUGGACCCAAACGGUUCCCGUUACCUUCUGGGGGACAUGGAGGGCCGCCUAUUCAUGCUGUUAUUGGAGAAGGAGGAGCAGAUGGAUGGUGGUGUCAGUCUGAAGGAUCUGCGCGUGGAGCUGCUUGGAGAGACAUCCAUUGCAGAAUGCCUGACUUACCUAGACAAUGGUGUUGUGUUUGUUGGCUCACGGCUUGGGGACUCCCAGCUUGUAAAGCUCAAUGUGGACAGUAAUGAGCAAGGCUCAUAUGUUGUGGCCAUGGAAACCUUCACCAACCUUGGUCCCAUUGUGGACAUGUGCGUGGUAGACCUUGAGAGACAAGGCCAAGGGCAGCUGGUUACAUGUUCUGGUGCCUUUAAGGAAGGCUCUUUGAGGAUCAUCCGGAAUGGAAUUGGAAUUCACGAACACGCCAGCAUUGAUCUUCCAGGAAUUAAAGGAUUAUGGCCUUUGAGAUCAGACUCUCACCGUGAAACUGAUAACACCUUAGUAUUGUCCUUUGUGGGACAAACUAGGGUUUUGAUGCUGAAUGGGGAAGAAGUAGAGGAAACUGAAUUGACAGGAUUUGUUGAUGAUCAGCAAACAUUUUUCUGUGGGAAUGUGGCCCAUCAACAGCUAAUCCAGAUAACAUCUGGUUCAGUACGACUUGUUACUCAGGAGCCCAAGGCCCUUGUAAGUGAAUGGAGAGAGCCAAACGGGAAGAACAUCAGCGUGGCUUCCUGCAACAGCAGUCAAGUGGUGGUGGCCGUGGGGAGAGUGCUGUACUACCUAGAGAUUCACCCUCAGGAACUGAAGCAGAUAAGUUGCACAGAGAUGGAGCAUGAGGUGGCCUGCCUGGAUAUCACCCCGCUGGGAGACAUCGGCGGCAUGUCCCCUCUGUGUGCCAUUGGCCUUUGGACUGACAUCUCAGCUCGCAUUCUGAAACUGCCCUCAUUCGACCUGCUGCACAAGGAGAUGCUGGGAGGAGAGAUCAUCCCACGUUCCAUCCUGAUGACCACCUUUGAGAGUAGCCAUUAUCUGCUUUGUGCCCUGGGGGAUGGGGCUCUCUUUUACUUCGGGCUGAACGUUGAGACAGGUUUGCUGAGUGACCGGAAGAAAGUGACUCUGGGAACCCAGCCCACUGUUUUAAGGACCUUUCGCUCCCUCUCCACCACCAACGUAUUUGCCUGCUCUGACCGCCCAACUGUGAUUUACAGCAGCAACCACAAACUGGUCUUUUCCAACGUCAACCUUAAGGAGGUGAACUACAUGUGCCCUCUCAACUCAGAUGGCUAUCCUGACAGCCUGGCUUUAGCCAACAACAGCACAUUGACCAUUGGCACCAUCGAUGAAAUUCAGAAGCUGCACAUCCGCACUGUUCCCCUUUACGAGUCACCCAGGAAGAUCUGCUAUCAGGAAGUAUCUCAGUGUUUUGGUGUGCUGUCCAGUCGCAUUGAAGUCCAGGAUGCCAGUGGAGGCACAACAGCUCUGAGGCCCAGUGCAAGCACCCAGGCCCUUUCCAGCAGCGUGAGCUCUAGUAAAUUGUUCUCCAGCAGCACAGCCUCCCACGAGACAUCCUUUGGGGAGGAGGUGGAGGUGCACAACCUGCUUAUCAUAGAUCAACACACAUUUGAAGUGCUUCAUGCUCACCAGUUCCUACCCACUGAGUAUGCGCUCAGCCUGGUCUCCUGCAAAUUGGGCAAAGACCCCAACACGUAUUUUAUUGUGGGCACAGCCAUGGUAUAUCCUGAUGAGGCUGAACCAAAACAGGGCCGUAUUGUGGUGUUCCACUAUUCUGAUGGUAAAUUGCAGAGUCUGGCUGAGAAAGAAGUGAAAGGGGCUGUCUAUUCCAUGGUGGAAUUCAAUGGAAAACUCUUAGCCAGCAUAAACAGCACGGUGCGGCUGUACGAGUGGACAGCGGAGAAGGAGCUGCGCACGGAGUGCAAUCAUUACAACAACAUCAUGGCGCUCUACGUUAAGACAAAGGGUGACUUCAUCUUAGUUGGCGAUCUGAUGCGCUCUGUUCUGUUGCUCGCCUAUAAGCCCAUGGAGGGGAACUUUGAAGAGAUUGCUCGUGACUUUAAUCCAAAUUGGAUGAGUGCAGUGGAGAUUUUGGAUGAUGACAACUUCCUUGGGGCAGAAAAUGCCUUUAACUUGUUUGUAUGCCAGAAGGACAGUGCUGCCACCACUGAUGAGGAGCGCCAGCAUCUGCAGGAGUUUGGACUGUUUCAUUUGGGCGAGUUUGUCAAUGUCUUCUGUCACGGGUCCCUUGUCAUGCAGAACCUGGGCGAAACAUCCACCCCAACGCAGGGCUCCGUUCUCUUUGGCACAGUCAAUGGAAUGAUCGGGCUGGUGACUUCGCUGUCAGAAAGUUGGUAUAAUCUCCUGCUGGAUGUGCAGAACAGGCUGAACAAAGUCAUUAAGAGUGUAGGCAAGAUCGAACACUCUUUCUGGAGAUCAUUUCAUACAGAACGCAAGACAGAGCCAGCUACAGGAUUUAUUGAUGGAGAUCUAAUUGAAAGCUUUCUGGACAUCAGCCGACCCAAGAUGCAAGAGGUGGUGGCUAACCUACAGAUUGAUGAUGGCAGUGGCAUGAAGCGGGAGGCCACAGUGGAUGACUUGAUCAAGAUUGUGGAGGAGCUCACCCGUAUCCACUAGCCGGAUGAGGAGUUAUUUCCUAGCACCUUCCUCCAUGCUAGCACAUGGAGUAUUUCCCAACCGCAGCUGGGUCCCCUAGCCAGCUGCACUGUAAUACUAGAGGCAGGAGCAAUGUGCCUGAAUGCAAGUGGGGAAUCCCCGGACUGAAGCCAUCCCACUAGGGACCUGCGGGCGCAAUGUCGGCCUUCGGUGACAUCACAUUCUGCUUGGAUUCACCAGUCGUGUGGCUCCCAUCUGCCAUCCUGGUCCCAGCCAAAUGUUCCAAUUGAGUAACUGCUAGCAGUUGGCAAAGGUGCACCCCCUGCCUAGACCCUUACGACCCUGCCUAGACCCUUACAACUCAUUCACUGUUGUCCUUUAGUAUCUUUUGGGGAUUUUGUUUUUGUUUUGUUCCUUGUGUUUUGAAGUGGGAGUCUUUUUUUUCCUCUUCAUAUGUUUGGAUGAGGUGCGGCUGCUAGCCGUGUCUGGUGUUGGAGUGACGGAAGUGCUGCCUGCUCUGGCCUCUGGAGGUGCCUGUCUGGGGAAGAGAACCCACAAGUGGGUAGGUCUCUCUACUUCCAGGCCUGGCUUCUCAUUCAGGGAGAAGGGGUUGCAAAUUUGAUUUUCUGCUGUUGGUUUUGGAAUUUUACCAAAUAAAAGUAGUCCAGGAGGAAAGGUUUGGCGAGUGUUUUAUAAUACUCCUUUGCUAAGGAGAAAAGAAGCUUCUGGUCGGAUACCUUUGUGUGCAUAUGUGUUGUGGAAUUCCAGUUAUUUGAUCUAUGUUAAGCUGGGUGUUCUUUAAUGCUGUUUCAUAUUUAAUUUCUUCCCAAAAUUUCUGCUAGGCAAGCUAAGAGUUGAAGUAGAAGCCAGGGAUCAGUGACUGUUCCUUGUUUUUUGGUUGAUGAUUUUGACAUGGGGCUCUUUUCCUUUCUAACUACGAGAAAGCAAGAAUACCAAGUAAAAGAGAUUGACUGGAAAACACCAUCCAUUCUUUCUGAGAACUAGUAGCCACACUAUUUCUUGUAGCAAAAAAAGAGAUUUUGGCAAUGUUGAUCUACUGGUAUGUGCUGGGAUUUUUUUUCCUUCAGCAUGGCCUAGGAAGGGAUCUUGGCACUAGAGCAUUUCCCGUCAAAAGGAAUUGGACCCAAUCUUCUAAAUUUUGUGAUCUGACAGGUUUGUUUGCAUUUUGCUUUUCCCUCUCUGUUGCUCUGAACAACAUUUAAGAUUGGUAACUAGGACCUGAACAGCCAGUCAUUGUUAUUCUGUAUAGAGAGAUGGGAAAACAUGUUUUUAUGGACUGAACUUCAAACAAGGGCAUAUGCACAGGAGCUCAUAGCUCCUGUCCUAGCUAUCUUUUGCCCUGCUCAGCUUCAGCUGUUUCGCACCAUUUUUGGGGAGACUGCUGCUUCAUUCUCUCUCCUUUCCCCUCCUCUUGCUUUGAAAAAGUGAAGCGCAGAGGGAACAACCUUUGAGACGUAUUGGUAGGUGAGGUUGGUUGUCUCCUGUUUGCUUUUCAGCGGCUUUCUCUUCUGUGCUUUGGUUAAAGUGCAGUGCUAUCAUGUGACGAAAUGGUAUACUUCCUUGUAAUGUCCAGCAGAGGGCAGAUCAUUAUUUAAAUAAAAUGUCUUGGAGCUUUUAA